UUGAGGCACAGUUUUGGGAAGCAGCAAGAAGAGCGAGUAGAGCGAGCCUCCUCUUCAAGGCAGAGCCACUGAACUGAGAGCCUGAGGCUGACCUCCCUUCCCUUCCUUUCCCUGAGGAGCUGCUGCUGGAGGGAGAAGAAAGAAAAGGAGGAGAAACAGAAGGAGAAAAAGGAGGAGAAGAAGAAGGGCGCCUUGCCUGGGAUCUUCGAGGCACCGAGGGCAGCAGCAUGUCCAAAGGAGCCUCCCCUGCCCUCCUCACAGGCUGACCAGGCCAUGUCCUCCAUUUCCUGGACGCGUCCUCUAUCCCAAAAGGGAUUCCAAAAGAUCCUCCUCCCUUUCGAGCAGGACCGACCGAGAAGCAGGACAUUUAUGUUUAUUGCUGCUACUAGGAGUGUUUGCAGCUUCUGAGUUGGUCACGUCCUCCAUUUUCUCUGGAAGGUCCUCCUUUUUUGGGGGGUGAGGACGUCUGGGCCCCCCUGCCUCCCUUUCCACCUUCUGUCCGGGAGGAUUUCCCCCAAAGGUCCUCCAUUUGGGGCAUUAAUACUCUCAGCAAUGUUUUGAAAUUCUUCCUUUUUGGUCACGUCCUCCAUUUUUUCCUUGAAGGUCCUCCAUUUUGAGUCGGACGGAGAAGCAGAAGCUGGCCUUUCUAGGAGUGUUUUGAACUACAUCUUUUUUUGGUCCUGUCCUCCCUUUUUCCUCGAAGCUCCUCCAUUUUGGCCAUGACUGAGAAGCAGGUGUUGAACUUUCUAGGAGUGUUUUGAAGUACAGUACAUCUUUUUUAGCCAUGUCCUCCAUGUUCCCUCGAAGGUCUUCCAUUUUGGACAUGACUGAGAAGCAGGCCCUGAUCUCUCUAGGAGUGUUUUGAGCCCCUGGGGCACUGGUGUCCUCCAUUUUCCCUCCAAGGUCCUGCAUUUUGAGCAGGGCAGAGAAGCAGGAGUUGAUCUUUCUGAGGUGGCCGUGUCCUCCACUUCCCCUCAAAGGACCACCAUUUCAUGGUACCUUGGCACUGAGGACAUCUGAUCACCCAGGAGUGCCAAGGGAAGCGAGGAUGGAGGGGAUUCGUGGUCCAGAGGGCCGGUCCUGGGGGUCCCUUUUGGGCCGGGCAAAUGCUCUGCUGGUGUUAGUGGUGGUUGUGGUGGAUUUGGGGUCUGGUCACCCUCAGUGCCUGGACUUCAAGCCCCCCUUCAAGCCCUCACGGCCCCUCACCUUCUGCGUCCAAUAUUCGGACUUUGGCUGCUGCGAAGCGCAGCGCGACGCUGCCCUCCUGGAGCGCUACUACAGUGUUAGUGGGCACCUGGACCAGGCCGCCUAUGCCACCUGUGCCAGCUACCUGCAGGAUCUCCUGUGCCAGGAAUGCUCCCCCUAUGCUGCUCACUUAUAUGAUGCUGAAGACCCUUCUACUCCAGAGAGAACUCUGCCAGGACUUUGCCGAGAUUACUGUGUGCAAGUGUGGCAAAACUGCAGGUCCAUGUUCCAGUAUCUUACUUCUGAUGAAGAAUUAUUGUCCCUGGAAAACAAUCUAGCAAAAUUCUGCCGCUAUUUGUCUUUGGAUGAUCCCGACUACUGUUUCCCUCACCUCCUAGCCAAUGAGCGUCUCAACCAAAACCUUGGGCUGGUGACUGCUGAUUCAGAAGGAUGCCUGCAGUUAUGCUUAAUGGAGGUUGCCAAUGGGCUUAGGAAUCCAGUUGCCAUGGUACACGCAAAUGACGGGACUCACAGAUUCUUUAUUGCUGAGCAGGUUGGCUUAGUCUGGACCUAUCUUCCAGACCAGUCACGCCUUGAAAAGCCCUUUUUGAACAUCAGUGAAGCUGUUCUUACUUCACCUUGGGAGGGAGAUGAGAGAGGUUUUCUAGGUAUUGUCUUCCAUCCUAAAUUCAGAUUUAAUGGUAAAGUGUAUGUCUACUAUUCAGUUGAAGUUCAGUAUGAAGAGAGAAUCCGAAUCAGUGAGUUCAGAAUUUCACCUGGUGACAUGAAUUCUGUGGAUCAUGGUUCUGAAAGGAUAAUUCUGGAGAUAGAAGAACCAGCUUCCAAUCACAAUGGAGGAGAACUGCUAUUUGGAGAUGAUGGCUAUCUUUAUAUCUUCACUGGAGAUGGAGGCAUGGCUGGUGAUCCUUUUGGUUCAUUUGGAAAUGCUCAAAACAAGUCAACUCUACUAGGCAAAGUGCUCCGGAUCGAUGUGGACAACAAUGACUAUGGGCCUCUGUAUCGAAUCCCUCCCGACAACCCUUUUAUUAAUGAGCCAAAAGCCCGUCCUGAAAUCUACGCUUAUGGGGCAAGGAAUAUGUGGCGUUGCUCUUUUGACAGGGGUGACCCCUACACAAAGGAAGGGAAAGGACGACUUUUCUGUGGUGAUGUAGGACAGAAUAAAUUUGAAGAAAUUGACAUUGUGGAAAAGGGGAAAAAUUACGGCUGGAGAGCAAGAGAGGGGUUCAGCUGUUACGACAAAAAGCUUUGCAUGAACUCCUCACUAGAUGAUGUGCUUCCAAUAUAUGCUUAUCCACACAAAAUGGGGAAAUCAGUUACAGGAGGUUAUGUCUAUCGGGGAUGUGAGUUUCCAAACCUGAAUGGGCUGUACAUAUUUGGUGAUUUUAUGAGUGGACGCCUCAUGUCUUUGAAAGAGAACCGUGCAACUGGGGAAUGGCAGUACAAUGAAAUAUGCAUGGGAAAAGGUCAAACUUGCAUGUUUCCUGGACUUAUCAAUAACUACUAUCAGUAUAUCAUCUCUUUUGCUGAAGAUGAAGCAGGGGAACUUUAUUUUAUGUCCACUGGAAUGCCAAGUGCCACCGCACCAAAUGGAGUAGUUUACAAAAUGGUUGACACUUCACGGAGAGCACCACCUGGGAAAUGCCGUGUUGAACCCCUACUAGUAAAAGUGAAAAGCAGGCUCAUAAAGUUUGUUCCAAAAGAAAAGCUUAUAGUGAAAAUACCAACACAGCGUCCUAAAGUAAAAGCCACAGCCAGAACCCCGACAAGGAGCAGAGCAACUGCAGAACCACCACGGGCCUCAACACCAGACUGGAUGGAAGAACUCUUGACCCUUCUAAGAAAUGAGAACAGAAUGCAGAUGACUACGGCAGCCCCAAAAACCAAAGCUCCAAAGCCUAGGAAAGGAGGAAGGACUGGGAGAAGAAGAGGCCAGAGAAGGAGAAAUAAACCUACUAGUAUUCCCUCUCAGCCACGGAAUGGAGCAGUUCGACUUAUGAAUGGCAGUGCAAAAGGGAGAGACCGUGGCAGGGUUGAAAUCUUUAUCAAUGGAGAAUGGGGUACUGUCUGUGAUGACUUGUGGACCUCAAAGGCAGCUGCUGUAGUUUGCCGCCAGCUGGGCUACACUUUUGUGAUCAGAGCAACCAAGAAAGCUGAGUUUGGGGAGGGGCGCUCGCUUCCGAUUCUCCUGGAUGACGUUCAGUGCACUGGGCAAGAGAAGACUCUCUUGGAAUGCAGUCAUGCAGACAUAGCAAAGCACAAUUGCUCCCACAAAGAGGAUGCAGGAGUGAUAUGUAGUCAUGAGGAUGUUUUCGAAAGUGAGCAGUAGGAAGAGUUCAAGCACACAAUGGCACAAUUUCUUGUUCUUUUUCAUUCAAAGAAAACCUACAAAUGUAUGAUAUAAGUGGUGUAUUGAAUUAACACAUUGUAAUAUAGGCCUCAUAGUACAUGUGCACCGGAAGAACAAAAUGGAUAUACUGUACAUAAAAUGACCACAUCUGUGGUCAGCAUUCAUUUGCCAUUUUACAAAUUGAUAGAUAAGUAAUUAUCUUUUUUUAACAUUUCUAUUAAAAAUAACAGAGUGAUCAUGUUGGAUUCCUUGGAUUAAAAAUGAAACA